UAAAACCUCUCAUUCUGAAGUUCUGUUUCUGCUGCUUUGCCGCCUCUUCUCUGAAGCAACACAAGUUUGAGAGAGAGAGAGAGAGGUAUAUUUGUAAGAGGAAUAAAGAGGUGAGAAAAUGGUGAGAUUAACAGCGGAUUUGAUCUGGAAAAGCCCCCAUUUCUUCAAUGCCGUUCGCGAGCGAGAACUCGAUCUCCGAGGGAACAAAAUUGCUGUUAUAGAGAACGUUGGUGCUACUGAGGACCAAUUCGACACCGUUGAUUUAUCUGAUAAUGAGAUUGUGAAGCUUGAGAACUUCCCUCUCAUGAAUCGCCUAGGAACCUUGCUAUUGAACAAUAACCGAAUCACUCGCAUCAGUCCUAACCUUGGAGAGUUUUUGCCGAAAUUGCACACCUUGGUCCUCACCAACAAUAGGUUAACUAACUUGGCUGAGAUUGAUCCUCUUGCAUCACUUCCCAAACUGCAGUUCCUUAGUCUGCUUGACAACAAUAUUACAAAAAAGCCUAAUUACCGUUUGUAUGUUAUCCACAAGUUGAAGUCCUUGCGUGUUCUGGACUUCAAGAAAGUAAAACAAAAGGAGCGUGCUGAAGCCAAAAUUUUGUUUGCAUCAGAAGAAGCUGAAGAAGAGGUUAAGAGGGAAUCUGCAAAGAUUGUAGCUGCUGAAACUCCUACCCAAGAUGCUGCAAAGGAGGAACAAACACCUAAAUCAUCUGCACCUACACCUGAACAAAUUUUAGCUAUUAAGGCUGCCAUUAUGAAUUCACAAACUCUUGAAGAGGUGGCAAGACUUGAACAGGCACUAAAAUCAGGGCAGCUUCCAGCUGAGUUCAACAGUGAUGGUGACAAUACACCCGAGGGCGAGGCAACUGAACAGGAGGAUAAUAUGAUCACGGAAGAAAAAGAAGCAGAUAAUGAACCUAAAGAAAGUGAGCCUGAGGAAAAGAAAGAUGAGCCAUCAGAAAUGGAAGAGGUAUAUUGAUGUUCAAAAGUUACAUGUUUUCAUGUGUAUAGGCUGUGGUCCUUUUGGUUUAGCUGAUGCUGUUCCACUGUUAGAUAUUGAUAAACUAAUUUGCUGUCUAGUAGCUAUCAUAUUGCAGAUCAUUUAGGUGCAAUGAGUUUCACUAAUAGUGUUUUAAGAUGGGACACGAUAAAUAACAUAAUCAAGCAUUUCAUAUUGAGUUGUGUGUCAAAUCUGCAUUGUGCAUGUGAGGCUUCACCUCUUGUAGAGUUCUCUGCAUCAAAAGUGUUGACAAUUGACAUAUCAAUAGACGAGUAGCUAUAAAUGAACAAUUACCAUCUUUAUCUAUAUAAUGUGAGUUAAAAAACUUAAGGAUGUGAAAAUGCAGUCAUCUAGUUUCUGGCAGAAAACAAAAUUAAAAGAACAUAAGAAUGGUUGAUGUUUUUUUCUUUUUCCCCCUUAUUUUUUUUUCAAUUUCUCCUCAAAUAAUUGAUUAUAUAAACCACUAUUUCUGUAUAUAUGUUGAUGAAGAUAAUGAUUUUUUCAUAUUUAGGUGGUGGGUUUUGUGUCCAGUUUUGAAUCUAACAGAUUCUGUGUUUGCAUUGUUUGUUUCAGGAAUAGGUUGUUUCAUGUGAAUAUUCAGCACUUACUAUUCAUCGUGUAUCCUCAAUUGAUCCCGAAUUUGUGGACUAUGCCCACCUUGUGUUGCAAAAUUUUGUUUUGUAAUGUUUUGUGAUCUUUCUACCAUGAAGAUUUCAGAGUAAUACAUCAAUAGGCAAGGAGAAUUCACUUGUUAACAACAUAGUAUUUGAGAGACAUGGUUUGCUGCCCAGCAAUGUAGUUGUCGAAAACAUGAACUUCUGCAACCGCUGAUGGAACUUGAGGAAAAACGUGUUCCUUUUCUUCAUUAUCAUGUAUUAGGUUUAUUGGGACCAGUUAUCCAACCCUGGUGUAGUGAUUGUUGAAAAAUGGUAAUCUGUAGUGGUGGAUGUUUUAUGCAAAUGGAAUUUUAUUGCUGAGACGUA